AAUAAUAUUAAAAAACUAUCACUAACUGUAAACAUGCGAGUCCAUCAAGGAGGUGAUCCAAUUUCUCAAAAAUUUUCUAAUUUAUUGUUGGAUGUAGGGGGUGGAAAUAUAAACGAUGAAAAUGGAGAAGUAUCUCUGCCUGAUGAAUUAUGUUCAAUAGUACCAUCUAUAGAAGAUUUGAUAGAAAAAGUAUAUCCAGGUAUAAAAGAUAUUAAAAAUAAAGAGGACUCGUGGUUAUCAGAGAGAGCUAUUUUAUGUCCUAAAAAUGAAAUGGUAGUCCGUAUUAAUAAUACUAUAAUAGAUAAGUUUGAUGCAAAUGAGAUGGUUUAUGCAUCAAUCAAUACCACGAUUAAUCCAGAUGACGCAACAAACUAUACUGUUGACUUCUUAAAUUCAAUAAGUGUACCAGGACUUCCAUCGCAUACAAUUAAAUUAAAAAUUGGCGCUCCUAUAAUUUUAUUGAGAAAUUUAAAUCCACCUCAACUUUGUAAUGGUACAAGAUUACGAGUCACAAAAUUACAAAAGAAUGUUAUAGAAGCUACUAUAUUAACUGGAUCAGGAAAGGGUGAAAGUGUAUUCAUUCCUCGCAUACCUCUUAUACCUAAUAAUUUUCCAUUCGAAUUCAAACGCAUUCAAUUUCCUGUCAGUCUUUCUUUUACAAUGACAAUAAACAAAGCUCAAGGACAAACGAUGAGCAUUACUGGAGUAGAUCUUCGAACUCCCUGUUUUUCACAUGGACAACUAUAUGUAUCAUUAUCAAGAGUAAGAUCAAAUAAAAAUGUAUAUGUUUGUGUCAAUGGAGAAAAAACCCGUAAUGUAGUCUAUACUGAAGUACUGAAUUAAUAAAUUAAUAUUUGAAAAAUAUAAACUUCGAUAUAAUAUUAUUUAUAAGUAACACAACUCAUA